CCUACCUAUUCUUUCCCCUCCAGUCCGAAUACUGGGCCAGUCUAUCUGAUUGGCCCAUAGGUGACUCUUCAGCGCAGUGUAUGCCACGACUCACUCGAUUACAGACCAAGACCAUGGACCGGAAGGAGGGAGAAUCCCUCCUGGCCUAUGAGGAACGCCUGGCUGCUUUCAUCCAGGAGGCCAACAACAGGGCUGCCGCUGCGGCCAAGGAACGUGGUCGGAUUGAGCAAGAAGAAGAGGCCAAGCGACAGAAGGAAGAACAGGACCGACCUCGUCAAGAGGAGGCAGACCUGCAGGCGACAGCCGAACACCGGUCACGCCAGCGGGAACGACUGUUCACGCGGGAGACCGUGAUCGGCGAUGAGGCCGCAAAUUGGGUGCAAGUGGCAUCUACAGACGAGGCCCCGGAGACUGAGAAAGGGUUGUCAGCCCUUGCGCAGGUCUCCCACGACCUCGUGGCCACCUGCGUUCUGCAACAGGAGGAAAUCCUUCACCUGCAGCAGACAGUGGACCAGAUGCUCGCACGACUGCAGGCGUUGGAAAAACAGCCAGCUGCUGUAGCAGCCGCAGGGCCUUCAAACCUUGCCACCCGUGUUGAAGUUUUGGAGGACGACGUCAGCAAUAUCAAGCGUGUGCAUCAGGACUUCAGGACGUCGCAGCAAGCAACGAACUUGCAGUUAGAGACGCAGGUCCAGGCUGCUGCCACCGUGACGCCCGCCGCCGCAUCCUCCAGGCGCCCACCCAAGCUAGAAGACAUUCCAGUUUUCUGCGAUCAGUCCAAGACGGAACCGAUCCCGUGGUGGCGCCAGUUUACUCUCAGGCUCGACAUGCACCAUGUCCCGAACAACGAUCGACAUCCGUGCUUGUACCAUCGAUCUGAUGGUGCGUGUCAAGCAUGGCUGGACAACAUCUUGACCAGCCACGGCGUAGCAGUGUUGGAACUGCACACCAAGCUCACUUGGCAGGAGUUGACUGACGCCUGGCACAAGCGAUUCCAAGUGGAGCCGCCCGACCUGCAAGCGAUGGACAAGCUCAACAAGCUCCAUCAAAACACGAUGCUCAGUCAGGACUGGAUUACCGAGUUCCAAAGACUCGCCUCCACACCUGACCUGCCGCUCGCAUUCCUCGCCAUUAAGCACUUGUUUAUCAUGCGCUCGUGUCCAGCUCUGCAAAACGUGCUGACACAGAUUGCAGAGACACUCGACACAUCUGAAAAGCUUUUCAGCACAGCAUCACGGAUCAUUCUCACGAAUACCGAAGCCCGCAACGCCGGUCGAUCUUCCACGACGACGAGCGGCACCCAGCCCAAGCCAAAGGUGGCUUGCAUUACUUCUACCGAGGCUGCAACACCAAACGAGGGUGAAGUGUUGGGAGCUGCCCGGGAUGGUGGCCGGCCGCGCAACAACCACGGCCGCGACAAGACGAAGGCUCAGUCCACCUCUACACCGAGCACCGGAUCAGCCGCCGACAAACCUUGGGCACAAUACGGACUCUCGGCGAAUUCCUAUAGCACGCGACUCAAGUACCGUUAUUGCCUUUGGUGCAACAGCACCAUCCACGAUGCUGCACAUUGCCCCACCAAGGGGAAACCCCUCCUGGCCCAGCGCUACAUAAGCUGGGCCGUUGCCCAGUUCGUGGACAGAAGGUACCAGGAGAAAUCCAGCGUUAUGCUGGUUCAGGAACUUGGCUGCUGCGCUAUUUUGGAGACUCCCUGCUGCGCUACUUCGAGACUGCAGCUGCACUGCUCAUCGGCAAUGAGGCACAGCGCUGGAGGAGUCCAGCGCCGAGGAGAGUAGUGGAGUUAGUGAGAGAGAGAGAGAGAGAGAAGAGGACUUACCUGCCCAGCGCCAUAGCUGGCUCCGCGGUA